CAUUGUUAUAUAAGUACUCCCCGACGUGCAGAAAAAAAAAGAAAAGAAAGAAAGCCCUGUUCCAAUUGAUCAUUUCCUUCACAUAAUAUAACACUGUUUAUACACAAAAACUAUCUUCUCUUUCCAAUUGAUAUCUUAUUAACCAUGCAGACUGCUCACGAAGAUUCUUCGUAUGACUUGCCUACUCCCACUCGUUUUUUGAUGGAAUGCGAUGAAUGGAACAUCUCCACCCUUGGCAUCAUGGGAGAAGUUGAUCCUUUUGAAGCCCAAUUCAAUAAUUCUUCCAACAACAAACAAUCCCAACCACAAGCCGACACAUGGGCAGCACCACACAGUCCUGAAUGUCAGCCCAACGAAACCCCGGUGAACGAAGCGUCACCAACUGAAAGCAUCCCUCCCACUCCUCCGGUGACAGCGAGCCGAACUCCUUCAAUUGAGUCCUCGGUGAGUCCCAAGGAACUGGAACCAUUGCAAAAUUCUCCUCCUUCACAAUAUGCCAUGGGAAAACCGCACACCAUGUCAUCUGAAAAACCGGCGACCAAAAUCGAAGAAACCCCUCUUCCCGAUGCUUACGUAUUCCGACAGGAAGAUGGUCAGUCGCUUCCUCGAGCGCGUGCUGCCAAGAGAAACGCCGCCAAAGCACUCAAGGAGCAAGAUCUCGACGACGACCUCGAGAGCGAAUCGUCCAGUUCCAGCGGUAAUGCCGCUUCCAGCGGACGCAAACGUCGCAUCGUAUUUGAAGGCGACGACGCCGAAGAACAACGCAAACGAUUUUUGGAACGUAAUCGUGUUGCAGCCUUCAAAUGUCGCCAAAAGAAGAAGAAAUGGAUGCAAGAACUUGAAUAUCGAUCGGAUCAAGUCAUUAAUCAACACAAAGAAUUGCAAGCCAUCGUGAUGCAACUGCGCGAAGAAAGCAUGUUUUUACGCAAUCAACUGUUGGCUCACAGCAACUGCAAUUGCACGGCUGUGCAAACUUAUCUCAAACGUACUUCUGAGCAACUGACGUCAGACCCAUCCAUUAUGGGUUCCCCUUCCCUUCGCACCCCUGCUGCUGCAGCAACAGCCGCGGCAGCCGCGGCGGCUGUAUCUCGCAGCAAUGACCUUCACUAUGAUAUGCAGUAUAUGCAAGAUUCCGCCCCAGGCAUGCCUGACCGUUCCCAUUUAUCGGCCUACAUGUCGAUGGGUAAACCCGAUUAUUUCAUGACACCUUCUUAUCCAUUAACCUCCACAUCCGGUUAAGAUUGGUUCCCACCCCACAUCGGUCUUAAGACCUCAUUUAUCCCAUCUCAUUUUUCUCUUGUUCUUUUUAUGCCAUCUUUCGCUUUUCUUUGUUUUUAUUUCUCAUUUCUCUAUAUUUCAUUGAACUCUUGGACAGGUUUCUCUUGCUUUUUAUUUUUACGCCUACCCUCUUUUUUUAUCCAUCAUUGUCCCUGUUCCUUUCUUUCAUCAUUCAAUUUUUGCUGCUAUUCAUUUUCCAGUUUCUUGCUCUGUUCACCGUCUUUUUUCUUUAUUUUAUUCACGAUGUAUAUAUAUGUAAAGCUUCCCGGAAAUAAUUUGCAAAUCAUACUUUUUUUUGAUAUAAAAUCUCAUUGGAACCAAACU